UGGGAGGAUACAGGAUCACCGCCAAGAUGCGACAGAAGAAGCAGUGGAACGCUGAAGUUGGAAAAGCAACAGCGUCGCAGAAACAAAAGUUGACAGUAGGCUAGAUAUAGGCCUACAGGGAGGGUGAAGAAAAACAGCAAUAAUGGCGGAACAGGGGUCUGAUCUGGAGAAGGCCCUUAAGACGCUGGUGUCAAACUUCCACUCAGCAGGCGGGAAUAAUGGGGGAACGCUGAGCAGAGACCAGUUCAAAGGCCUGCUGUCUUCUCAGAUGCCUACUCUGGCAAAGACGUCCAUGUCAGAGGGGGGCAUGGGGGAGAUCCUCCAGCAGAUGGGGGUGAAGGAUGGCGAGGACAUCUCCUUCAAGCACUUCUGGAACCUCAUCCAGACCCUGGCCACCAGCCAGCACGGCCUCCUGAGCCACGAGAAAGUCUCCAAGUGUGGCUGUGUGAUGUUUUGAGAGCAGCAUUUUACUGCUGGCCAGGGGUGCAUUUCUCGAAACCAUAGUUGCUAACUACAUUAGCUACUUUUUUGGUUGCAAUGUAAUUUUGCAUUUGCAACUAUCCAAGUUGCUAACUGGCUAGCAAUUACGAUUUUGAGAAAUGGACCACAGAGAUUUGUAAAGCAAAAGCAGAAGCACAAGAAUAGAUGUGGAAGUACAAGCACACUUUGUGUAUCUACAUCAUUAGGUACAGUGGGGUAACAGUGUAGAAACUAUGCUGUAUGUACAGUAAGAUCAUGUCAUAGUGUUGUGUAAUUAAUUACAUCAUUACAUCAAGAGUACUCCUACUGUGCUUUAUACACCUUUGUCUGCUGGCCUAUCACAUUAAUUCAACAAUUAGAGAGUCAAAUUCCACACUCAGUGUUGAAUUGAUUGAACACUGCAGAAUUCCACAGGCCACACAGUAUAUCUGCAGGUAUGAGCAACUACUACCACCAGUGUUGCCAGAUGGAAAAUGCUGAAUUAUCGUUCCAAAACCUCAAAAUUAUCGUUUUCGGAGGAAAUUAUCAAACAAGUCUCAAAUUGUUGUUUCAAUGCAUCUAAAUGAACUGAGUGACAACUCUGAAAUUAUCGUACAUCAUGUUUUUUUGAUCGUACAGAGGACAAAAUGGACAAAAUUAUGGUACAAAUAUGAUAAUUAUCGUACAUCUGGCAACACUGACCACUACAGUGCUGUAUUAGUGGGCUGUAGUAACGCACUUGUAGCAAGAGAAGGAACAACAUGUCGAGAAAAGCCCUUUAGCAAACUGAACUGUGAUGGUAAUGUGACUAUCUGCCGUAUAGGAAAUUUGUAAUUUGUAAAUUUAGUUUGUGAAGCUUAUGAAGGUGGUAAAGAUUGAAUAACCUUUCUCUAUUUGGUAUACAAUGGAAUCUUUGUAUUUUUUAUUGUAUUGACAUACUUUUGUAGGAUGUAUGAAGUGUAAUAAUUUUACAGAUUUUUAAAAAAAUCUGCGAACUGUAACAGUUCCACCCACAAUACUGUUUCGUACAAUUCUAGAUCAGAUUGAGAUGUGUAGCCUACAGAUUUUCAAAGAUGCAAUAAAGGUGCCAAAAUGGGCAUACAGCUGAAUCACUUUAA